UUCACUUUGGUCCUUCCCUUCACUCCUCAAAACCCCACCAGGCCACCACCACCCACCAGAUCUCCACUCGCUCUCUCUCAUACCCAACUCUCUUCCUUUCUCUAAAGACUUAACGUUUACAUCUUCUCCUCUAAAGCUUUAUUGCUUUCUCUCUCCAUAUAUAUAUAUAUAUAUAUAGACACACACAUAUAUUUCUUGGUAAAGUUCGGCAUUUACUAUUUAUCUCUUUGUAUAUAUCUAUACAGAUGUAUAAUACUAGCUAGCUAGCUAGCUAUUAUUUCAAGAAUUAAUGGAGGGGCCAAAAUUCUUUACCGGCGGAUACAAUGACUGUGGAGCCACCGAGUUCUUUUCGGAGAAGAAAAGCUCAGACCAGAAAGCAGACCAGCAUUUCACGGUUGAAGACCUCUUGGAUUUCCCUAAUGAUGAUGAUGAUAUAAUGGCAGGUGGUUUUUUCAGUGAUAUUGAUGGUAUCAAAACCACUACACAAAACUGCACCACCACCAAUCAUUCUUUCACCAACACUCACAGCUUCAGCUCCGCCUCCGUCGAAUAUGGCCAGACCUUUGCCGAUUCUAAGUUCUCCACUGAGCUUUGCUUUCUGUACGAUGACAUGGCUGAGCUAGAAUGGCUUUCAAAUUUUGUGGAAGACUCAUUUUCAUCUGAUCAGAGCCUCCAAACCAACAUCCACAUCCUAUCCGGGUCCAAACCACCCACACCCGAAUCCUCCUCAUCCGAGACCCACCACCCUGAACCAAUAACCUGUAACCCCAGCAACCCAGCGUUCCAGCCUGAAACUCCACUGCCUGGCAAGGCCCGUUCCAAACGCUCUCGGGCUGCGCCAUGCGACUGGUCCACCCGCCUCCUUCAUGUCCCAUCCACCACUAAAAUGUCAUCUGAAAAGCAAUUAAGGGAGAGCCCAGAUCCAAACCUCGACUCGAAUGCCAUGGUCCGCAGAUGCCUGCAUUGCGGAGCAGAGAAAACUCCGCAGUGGCGGACUGGGCCCAUGGGCCCAAAAACGCUGUGCAAUGCAUGUGGGGUCCGGUACAAGUCGGGUCGGUUAGUGCCCGAGUACCGACCAGCAGCAAGUCCAACCUUUGUAUCCGCAAAGCAUUCAAAUUCUCACAGGAAGGUCUUGGAGCUUCGGAGGCAGAAGGAAAUGCAAGGAGCUCAGCAGCAACAGUUCCUAAGUCAAAGCUCGAUUUUUGGCGUAUAAAACGGUGGAGAUGAUUUCUUGAUGCGUCAUCAUAGUGGGUCUCUAAGUUACGGGCACAUGAUUUAGUGGGUCUCCAAGUAGGAUACCAUACUUAAUCCCAAGUAAUAUUUUUUAGUCCUCGGAUUUGAAUUUUUAGUUUAUUUCUUUUCAGGCACUCAUGAAAAAAGAGAAAAAUUAAGGGGGGGAAGGAACCCUAAUGUACUCUUAAUUGCCAAAAUUGUCAAAAUCUAGAACUAAUUAUCUUUCCCUUCGAA